AUGCAUGAUUUUAUGAGUUAUUGUCUUCGCCAGUAUUUUAAAACAACCGGCUGGAAUGACGAUAACCAAUAUUCAAAUUUAUGUUCCGCUUCCCGAGCCAUUUUGGAUUUUAAAACACCACGUGGAUUUACUUUCGAAAUUUCUAAAAUUCAGUCUCCCAUGUUCAAUUCUUCAUAUUCGAUGAAUGCUUCCCCGACGCUUAAUGGAUCAAUAAGUUAUCUUUUUACUUCCCGUCCAUUGGUCAUCGAACCGAGUUUUCGAUUAAAUUUUGUAGAAAUGGUCGACAGAUUUCAUCUUGACCCUUUCGCACGGGCUAAUCGAGUGGAUAAUACGAAAGGCGAUAUCAAAAAUGAAGAGAUCAAGCCAAUAAAUGCUAUAUAUACAAAAAGAUUUUCUCCAUGGAUGCAAUGUGUCAUUACAGGCGUUAGUGAACCUAGAAUGAAAGAAGCUUCACAUUGUACGGGCGAGCUCCAAUAUGACGCCGGUAAAUGGUGUACCGAAGCUUCUUACUCGACAGAUGGCGAACUAUUUGGUUUAAAGGGACUAUAUAAUUUAUCAAACUAUAGUCCAGAAGGAAAUACAGAACAUGUGGAUACAUUUACAAAUAAAAAAGAAGGCAUGACGAAUGGUAUUAAAAAAUCGGUUGUUGAGAAGAAUACAUUUGAUGAAUCAUCGAAUUCCGAUGAAGAUGACAUGGUAGAAGCAUUAAAAGGAGAAUGGUCAAUUGGAGCCGAAUUAUACUAUGGGAUCCGAGACAAAAACGGAGGAGUAUCAGCCGGAAUUCGUUAUCGUACUGUCCCACAAUUCUCGGCACAAUCACCACUUACAGUGACCUAUAUAUUUAAUCCAUUUAUGGGACAUAUGUCUGCUGCUUUUGCUGCACAGGUAUCUGAAGAUUUGGCUUUGUGUCCGCGAUAUGAAUUCAAUAUAUAUAGUUACGAGAGCGAUUUAACGAUUGGAGCUGAAUGGUGGCAAAGGGAGGAUAUUGAUGAUGCAAACAUUGCUUCACAUGAAAGUCCUAAACUCAAAGGGGAUAUUCAGGGUGUGGUCAAGGCUACAAUUAGCACUGAAAAGGACGAUACGGAAGGACUUUAUUUGGCUUAG